UGUGGAUAAGAUAGAGCUGUGAACUUGGGACCCUGCUAUGUACAUAUUAUGUCAGCCACUGGGAUAUUUGUCCUUUUCUCUCUUGUGCUUUCUCUGAAAGAUGUUUGCUCUCCUGGGCUUAGUGGCUACCUUGCUGACCCUUGGGGCUGCAGCUCCACUACAGGGAGCAAGGAGCCGCAACAAGCUCCUCCUGGUCUCUUUUGAUGGUUUUCGGUGGAAUUAUGACCAGGAUGUGGAUACUCCCAAUCUAGACACCAUGGCCAGAGAUGGGGUGAAGGCCAAGUAUAUUACGCCUCCCUUUGUCACCCAGACAAGCCCGAUCCAUUUCACUCUGCUUACAGGAAGAUACAUUGAGAAUCAUGGGGUGAUUCAUAAUAUGUGGUUCAACACCAGCACCGGACAGAAGCUCGCUUAUUAUUCCACCCAGGGGAGGUCUGACUGGUGGGACAACGGGAGUCUCCCGAUCUGGAUCACAGCACAAAGGCAGGGCUUGAAGACAGGGUCCCUCUUCUUCCCUGGAGGGAAUGCAACCUACCAAGGUGAACAGGUCAAUGUUAAGAAGGUAGAGAAAUUCCUUCACAAUUAUGGCAAUGAGACUGAGUGGACGGGGAACAUUGACAUGGUCAUGAAGUGGUUCUCUGAGGAUGACCUUGACUUUGUUGCGCUUUACUUCGGAGAGCCUGACUCCACAGGACACAAAUAUGGCCCAGAAUCCCAGCAAAGGAAGGACAUGGUCAGUCAGGUGGAUCGCACAGUGGGUUACCUGAGACAGCGUAUAUUGGACUAUGGCAUGAAAUCGACACUCAACCUGAUCAUCACCUCUGACCAUGGCAUGGAAACAGUCAUCAAAGACAAUGAAAUUUACCUCCGCAAUGUGAAAAACUUUUCCUUUUCAGACAUUCAGUUUGAGAUGCUCGAUUAUGGGCCACAAGGGCUACUGGUGCCAAAACCAGGGAAACUAGACCAAGUUUAUGAAGCCCUGAAAACAGCUCACAGCAAACUCCAUGUCUAUAAGAAGGAGGAAUUCCCAAAGAGAUUCCACUAUGCCAACCACACUCGUGUCACCCCACUGGUAUUGUAUGGCGACCCUGGAUACGUGAUCAAUGGGAGACUCAAAUUGCAAUUCAAUAAGGGGGAACAUGGUUUUGACAAUGAAGAUAUGAACAUGAAGACCAUUUUCCGGGCUGUGGGACCAGCUUUCGAGAGGGGACUAGUAGUGGAACCAUUUGAAAGUGUGAAUGUUUAUGCCCUCCUCUGCAAACUGCUGGAGAUAGUGCCUGAGCCACAUGAUGGAUCCUUGAAUGCCACGCAGGCAAUGCUGGCCAAAAGUGCAGGUCUGAGUUUGGAAAACAUUCAAUAUUAUAACAACCAACUGGUCAAUGAACUGAUUCAACCUGAACGGGUAAAUUCUAAUAAACAAGGCAAUGUUGUGGGAUUUCAGUUGCACAUUUAGACAGCUGUUAGCCAAUCAAGCCUGAAAGAGUUUAUUCAUUUCUUAUUUUACAUUCCUGGGCAAACUCUGACACACGAGGAGUACAGAAUUUUGCUUCCUUUUGCUUUCUAGCUGAAUUCACCAAAAUUCACAAAACUAAUAUUUGUGAAGUGAAUUUGAUGGGAGAUAUCAGUAAUUUUCUUUUCUUUUGUUUUUAUCUGAUUAGACCAAUAUGCACAACUUUCAAAUAUAUGAGAAGAUGAAAUGAGCAGAUUUUCCCCACACUAUGGCCUUAAGGCAGUAAGGGAGUCCUUUGGCAAGCCUUUCCUCUGCCCAUUGCAUAGAAUCAUAAUGUUGGAAGAGACCACAAGGUCAUCCAGUCUAGUAUCCUGCCAUACCUGAAUACAUAAUUAAAGCACUCUUGACAGAUGGCCAUCCAGCCUCUGCUUAAAAACCUCCCAAGAAGUAGAGUUCAUUACAUUCCCAGGCAGCAUAUUCCACCGUCAAACUACUCUUACUGUUAGGAAGUUCUUCUUAAUGUUUAGGCAGGGGUUUUUUUUUUGGUUUUUUUUAAAGGAGUAUAUAUUUUUCCCAUUCUGCUCUCAAACACCACACACUUUGGCUCUGGCAAGUCAACACUAUAUAUAUCAAUUAAAUAUCAAAAUGCUUGGAAGUAGGAAAUGGUAUAAAUUUUGGCUCCUGAUCUCUAUUAAAUACUUUGAAGCCACCAGAUCUUGGAAGCUAAGUGAAAGAAGGAGAAAUACCAAGGAAUGCAAAGGGCUGUGUCCAUAUGACAAAGGAAGGCAAUGGCAAAUCUCUUCUGAAUAUCCCUUGCCUGUGGGACCCCUAUGAAAUUAAUGGGGUUGUCAUGAGUUGACAAGAGCCUUGAAGGCAUAUACUUUACUGUUUAUCAAUAAUGAAUGAAAAACCCUAACAACACUGCCCUCCAUAGUUGUUCAUAAAUAUUGUGGGGAGACACUAAAAGUGCCUAUGGCUUCUUCCUAUUGGAGGAAACCAUUAUUCACUUGCUAUGUUAAUGCCAUACUGAUGUGCUUAUGGUUAUAUUUUAUGGUAUCUUCAGCCCACUGCCAGCAAAGUCUGUGGUUGGUCUGAAUAUAAUUCCUAAUAAUUCAGCUAAGCCAUCACUUCUUUUCUGAGCUCUUUCUCUUCACAUGUAUGCACUUACCCACAUACCAUUGGGAAAUGAGCAAGGUUGUAUUACUUUCUGUCUCAUGGGCUAUCCCCAAAUCUGCCUUGCCACCUUCAUGUUUGCAUGUAUAGGCCACCGGAUAGGUCACAUCUGCUGUCUGCUGGGAAAUGUCUAGUCUGGAAGAUAAAAAAUGUCCAUGCCAAGUUGUGUGGCUUCUCUGACCUUUAGCAAAAAUGGGGCUGGAGGUGGGAGGAUAUGUAUCUGUU